UCACAACCACAACACCUACACCAACAACGAGAACUGUUCCUCGCCGUCUUGGCAACGGCAGCACGAGCCACGGACCUUCGGUGUUUACCUCAACGACACUGGAUACAGGACAGCCUUCUUUGGAAAGUACCUGAACGAGUACAACGGUUCGUACGUUCCCGCCGGGUGGAGGGAAUGGCUCGGUUUGGUGAAGAACAGCCGCUUCUACAACUACACGCUGUGUCGCAACGGCGUGCGAGAGAAGCACGGAGCGCAGUAUCCACAGGACUACCUGACCGACCUGAUCACGGCAGAGUCGAUCCGUUACUUCCGCUCUUCAAAGCGACUUUAUCCUCACCGCCCUGUUCUGAUGGUUCUGAGUCACGCGGCCCCUCAUGGACCCGAAGACUCUGCCCCGCAGUACAGCACCGCCUUCCCCAACGCAUCGCAGCACAUCUGUAUAACAUGCUGGUGGAGACGGGCGAGUUGGAAAACACCUACAUCAUCUACACGUCAGAUCACGGCUACCACAUCGGCCAGUUCGGCCUCGUUAAAGGUAAAUCUAUGCCGUACGAGUUUGACAUCAGAGUCCCGUUCUACAUCAGAGGACCUAACGUGGAGCAGGGCAGCAUUAACCCUCACAUGGUCCUAAACAUCGAUCUGGCUCCGACCAUCCUGGACAUCGCUGGCGUCGACACGCCUCCAGAUAUGGACGGAAAGUCGAUAAUGAGUCUGCUGGACACAGACAAACCUGCCAACAGGUUUCAAGUGAACAAGAAGCCGAAGGUGUGGAGAGACUCGUUCCUGGUGGAGAGAGGGAAGCUGCUCCACCAGGUCGUCGAAGGUAAGGAAGUAUCGCAGGAGGAGAACUUCCUGCCCAAACGCCAACGAGUGAAAGACCUCUGUCAGAGAGCCGAGUACCAGACGCCCUGCCAGCAGACGGGACAGAAGUGGCAGUGUGUGGAGGACGCCACGGGGAAGCUACGGCUCUUCAAAUGUAAGAAUGAAGGAGGGGCCACAAGCUUCCAGAGGGGUGUGAUUGGCCGUCAGCGUCCAAUCAGCAUCAAGUCUCAACUGUACCUUCCAAAUUCUGGUGCCUGCGACUGCGAUUUCCGUGACCUGCGACCUCUGAACCUUCGACCCUCCAUGAUGAAGCCGUUCAACAAGAAGCCUUUCUUCUCCAAAAAGAAGUUCAAAGCCCUGAAGAAUUACUCCAGGAACCGUUACAGCCGCUCUCUCUCCAUGACGAACAAUUACCCUGGAAACCAGAGCCUGGCAGGCUGGGAUCAGCCAAUGAGAGACGAGUCUGAGGACGAGUUUAGCGGGAUGGGAGGAGAUCCCAACGCCGUGGUCACACCCAACUCUGUCAAAGUCACUCAGCGAUGUUCCAUCCUGUCUAAUGCAACAGUGAAGUGUGACACGGGAGUGUAUCAGUCCCUGCAGGCCUGGAAGGACCACAAGCUGCAUAUCGACCACGAGAUUGAGACUCUGCAGACGAAGAUAAAGAACCUGAGAGAGGUCAGAGGUCACCUGAAGAAGGCCCGCCCCCAGGAGUGUGACUGCAGUAAAUAUCUGUACAAAUCCAAACUGAAGAACAAACUGAGGUACAGAGGAGGGAGUCUGCAUCCGUUCAGGAAGGCCGGGGCUCGGGACAAGAAGGCGUGGCUUCUAAAGGAGCAGAAGAGGAGGAAGAAGAUGAGGAAGAUGAUCAAGAGAAUCAGAAACAAUGACACGUGUUCAAUGCCAGGACUCACCUGCUUCACUCAUGACAACCAGCACUGGCACACGGCGCCGUUCUGGACGUUGGGUUCAUUCUGCGCCUGCACCAGUGCCAACAACAACACGUACUGGUGUCUGAGGACCAUCAACGAGUCCCACAACUUCCUGUUCUGUGAGUUUGCGACUGGCUUCCUGGAGUACUUUGACCUCAACACAGACCCGUACCAGCUGAUAAAUGCUGUCAGCUCUUUAGAUCGGACGGUUCUCAAUCAGCUCCACGUGCAGCUGAUGGAGCUCAGAGGGUGCAAGGGACACAAACAGUGUAAUCCUCGCACGCGCUCAGUGGAACCAGGAGGGCGGGCACAUGGCAGCUUUCAUGACUACAGGCUGUUUGAGAGGAGGAAGUGGCAGAGAGUCAAGAAACCUUCAUCGUCUCGAACCCUGGGUCCGAUCUGGGAUGGAUGGAAGGGCUAAACCUUUAUAUUGGUUGAACUCCACCCACAUCAGCUCGAAGGUGGAGGGCGUGGUCGUCAAGACAUCAUCACCAAUUGACCACCACGGCUCCGCCUCACCUGUCAGCCAAUCAGCUUCUUUAGUCUAUGUGACAUCACCAGGACCUCCCACCCUGCCGCUCAGGGAGACACUGGGACAAAAUAGUCGACGCACCCCUCCACUGGGUGCUCCCGCUUCCUCCUCUUCCUCCCUUGACGAGGAGGGGAGCACCAUGUGGAGGAGCAAGAAGAAGGAGGAUGGGGAUGAGGAGGAGGAUGGGGAUGAGGAGGAGGAUGGGGAUGAGGAGGAGACAGAGAGGUAGACGAGGAAACCGUGAUUGUAAAAUAAAAGCAGGCUUGUUUGAGGAAAAACGUUUUGCUGUUUCACACCACCGAACAUCAAUCUGCUGAAAUUCUAUCUCUUCUUAUCGACUCCUGUUUUCAUCUCGUCUCUGACAGAAAUCAUGUUGCUUCAGGUGUUCAUUAAGCACUCUUUGAUUUUAAUCAGUUUUUUUCAGACAGCAACGCUGGAGCGUCAGUUUAUAAAAAAGUUUCUUUUCUUCGUUUUUUUCAGCGACUCUGUUAAAGAUGGAAAAAUUCAGAUAGAUGUUAUUUUCCCAUUUUUGUCUCCAGUGAGAGAACAACACAAACAGCUUCUGCCGUGAUGAAAUAAAUGUUGUGUACCAACCUCUUAACUUUA